UCUUCUCUUGCACACAGGGAUAGAGGAGACACAGGCAUACAUGCGUGUUAUUCCCAUGGCUAGCGAGGAAGAGCUUGUGUGUGAAGGGAUGCGCCACCCUUUCCAAAGCAAAGAGAUGGAGGAAUCCUUUUCAUAUCUUUGGGGGCUUGAAUUAUGUGUGGUAUAUGCUGCUUUACUGCUUUACCAUCCCUCUCCUUUGAUUAAUCCUGCAGGAAUCAUCCAUUAGAACCCCCAAAAACAAAAGUUGACAAUGCGCGAGCAUCUACGAUGUAUGUAUAGUUAACAAUUGCUAGGCUUGUAGUGUUAGCGGUUUCGCUACAUUCUUUCGGUUUUUGUAAUGCGAGUUGGGAGCUUGAGGAGGGGGUGAUGUGAUUCUCAGGUAGGUAUAUCUGGUGAUUAUCCCUGUGUUUUGAGAUCAAGAUUAGGUAAAAGGUAAAUAUUCCCCCAAGACACCUAGUUGGUUCUCGCUUAGACUUGCAAGGUUCUCUUUGGACUACUUUGAGCUCAUCUUUAAUUCCUUUGAAUCAAACGCACCCACCUAAGCUUUCAUUCUCCCAUGGGUGGACAAUGCAAAAGCUAGUGUGCAUGGAUAUGAAUAAAAACCUUUGCAAAGCUAACUUACCACAAAAUGAGCAUCCACGGAAAAGAUAUUGCAAAUGCUCAUUGGGACGAGAAGACCUGGUCAUGUAAAAUAAGUUCCAUUUUUUCAUGCAUGCCGGCCUGCUGAUGAGAAGAGAUUCACAUCACUAGAACGACUUUGAAUGCCAGAGCUGGAUUUGAUUUGAAUGGAGUUACCAGAAGCAUUUUUUCAAAAAAAAAAAAGGAGCUACCAGAAGCACACACAGGUGAUCGUCAGGGGAGACUACUGACUCGACGAGACUAGAGAGAUGAGAGAGAGACGUCCGUACGAAGAAGAGGCCCAAAACCACAUGGCCCCAUCUGUGUGGUCGUUGUGCUGCGCUGGGAGGAGAUAAGUUUUUGAUUCCCUUGCAUGUACAUGAUGCAUGAAACCUCCUGCAUAUGCAGAAGCUUUUGCAUGCAGAUGCCUUUGAUCUUUGCAAGAAGUUACCAUGCCUUUGCUUUAUCCCCUCCUCCUCCCUGCUAGCUGCUCCUGCUGCUGCUAGCUAGGAACCUCUUGCAAGAUCACACAUGGCUUUUCCUUUUUCUCCCCCUCUAAAUCCACCUUUAUUCUCUCUCUCCCCUCCCAAAACUCACUCUUAAAAGAAGCCGAUUCCCCCUCUGAUCCCUCAUCAAACACACUCUCACAUUCACAUUCUCUCUCUACAGCCCUCUCUCUCUCUCUCUUUCUAACACACAGACGCUACUUGAUUAUAUUCAUAUCUGAGAGGUAAUAUACUAGAAGCUUGUAGCAGCUAUUGCCAAUAGUGCAAUCCCCAACACGAAAACAUAUACUUCGUCUUGCACUAGUGAUCCUAGUGCAACGGCUGAGCUCGGCAGCAUGGCGUCUUCGCCCUCCGACCUAACCCUAGACUACAAGCCCGCCAACGGCAACGGCGGCGGCGGCGGCGCGUACGCGGUGAUCCCGAAGCAGCAGGAGCCGCUCGUCGACGGGCACCAUCUGACGACGGAGCAGACGACGCAGAAGCUCCGGGAGUUCCUCGCCCGCCUGGAGGAGGAGCGGCUCAAGAUCGACGCCUUCAAGCGCGAGCUCCCCUUGUGCAUGCAUCUUCUCAACCACGCCAUGGAGGCCUACAGGCAGCAGCUGGAGGCGUACCAGCUGGGGAGCCUGCAGGGCGCGCCGGCGAGGCCGCUGGUGCUGGAGGAGUUCAUACCGCUCAAGAACAUCGGGAUCGACGCCGCCGGCGACAAGAUGGGGAACCCGCCGUCGGAGAAGGCGAGCUGGAUGGAGUCGGCGCAGCUCUGGAACGGGCCCGGCGCGGCGGUAGCGGCGGCGGACACCGCGGCGAAGGGGCCGCAGACUCCCAAGGAGAGCUCGGAGCACCCGCUGCCGAUCGACACGCUCGGCGCGCUCGACGCCGCCGCGGGGCAGCGCAACGGCGGCGCGUUCCUCCCGUUCGGCAAGGACAAGGUUGCCGCGGAAGGCGCCGCGCUGCCGGAGCUCGCCCUCGCGCCCUCGGAGAAAGACGCGGCCGAGGCCGAAAGGAAGCCGUACCUCGACGCCGCCGGAGCCAAUGGUGGCCUCGGCGCGCGGAGAGACCUCCAGAACGGGGCGAAGCCGGCGUCGAACGCGCCGGACGGGCAGGCGCCCCCGCCCCCGCCGCAGACCCACCGGAAGGCCCGGCGGUGCUGGUCGCCGGAGCUGCACCGCCGCUUCGUCAAUGCCCUCCAGAUCCUCGGUGGCGCCCAAGUGGCGACCCCGAAGCAGAUCCGCGAGCUGAUGAAGGUGGAUGGAUUGACCAAUGAUGAGGUGAAAAGCCAUCUCCAGAAGUACAGGCUGCACACGCGGCGGCCGAUGCCGACGCCGCCGGCGCCGGCGACCGCGGCACCGCAGCUGGUGGUGCUGGGCGGGAUCUGGGUCCCGCCGGAGUACGCGACUCAGGCGGCGGGCCAGGCGAUCUACGGCGCGCACCCGGCGACGCAGCCGCACUACACGGCGGCCGUGGCGGCGGCGCAGGAGUACUACCCGCCCCCCGCCGCGGUGCACCACCUGCAGCACCACCCGGCCGCCAUGGUGCACCGCGCGGCCGCGCCGCCGCCAGCGGCCGCGUACAAGGCGGCCAUGGCGGGCUCGCCGCCGGAGUCGUCCGAGGGCCGCGGCAGCGCGGGGGGAGGCAGCGUCGGCGUCGGCGGCGGGAGGGAGAGGUCCGAGAGCAUCGAGGAGGAGGAGGGCGAGGACCGGGAGGACGAUGACGACGACGACGACGACGUGCCGGCAGCCAAGGCCGACGGCGAGGAAUCCGCCGGCGCCGCGGCGACCAAGUACUGAUCCAAGAAAUUAACUAGCGUGCCCUACUCCAUUACUGAAUAGCUAGCUUAGUCAUUAUUAGCUCCGGGAUUUUCUAAAAGUCUGUGCUGUUGCAUCAUCGGGAAAAGUGGAUUUUUGUUCGCGCCCGCGCGGGGAGCGGACGCUGAUCGAUCUGAACUCACUCGACUCCACUCAACAUGUGGAGUGGAGCGGAGUGUCCGAGAUUGUCCCAUUCGUGAUGUGAUAUAUGAGCGGGGGGCUUUUCUGUACUUUUGGGGCUUGGCGCAUUGGUCUCUCUUCGUUUUUUUUGCCUUUGUUUUCGUUCGAACUAGUAAAUAUAUUUGUCGUGAAAAUUUGAUCA